AUGCCUGCUCAGAGUAGUCGCCGACCAAGCCUGGCAACAAUUUCGAAACGGUUGGGACGAUCAAAGAAGUCGCAAGCCACUGCCAGCGUCGCCACUUCCUCGUUUGACAGCAGCAACAAGCUCGGUGACCUAUUCAUGUCGUUGCCUCAUGACAUCCACACUCUCAUUCUAACACUACUCGACACGGCGGACAUAUUUGCUCUUCGUUUGACCUCGAGAUCUAUGAACAACCUCCUCAAUGACAGUGCUUCGUCCAUCACUAAAAGCGUUGUCGCCUCUACCGUUUCUCGUCAUGACGUUCCACAUGUCCCUAGGCUCUACCCACAGCCAGCCGGGAACAGCGACCUCACACACCUCCUUGCUGUCCUCCGGCGACAACAUGUCAUUAGGAACACAACCGACAUGCUGGUCAGCUUUGUUCGCAUGAAGAUGUACAUGCUCCGGACCCACCAGCAACGGAAUAAUCCAGUCCUCGAUCUUGCGCAACAUCCAGUGGCCACAAUAUUCACAUCGACGCUGUGGUUCAUCAACCACUUCUUGGAACACUACCGCCAUCUGAUACUCUCUGUUCACGCCUCAGCUCACAUCUCAAAGUCGGCGCGAUCUAGAUUCUGGCCGUGCAUGAUGUGCGGCGACUCCAUCAUGGAGCUUGUGAAUAGCUACCCGCAGAACAUGCUCCUGCCGAUAUUCCACGUCUACCACCUCCUGACGAUACAUCUCAAACAGUCAUCUCGAGCACCCUCCUACACUGGCACGAUCGAGAGAGCUCUCCGCGGCUGGAGUCGCAAGCCGCCGGGAUCUGAGCAACUGGCUAUGGUUACACUUCUUGGCGGAUUGGAAGAGCUUCGCCAGAUUACUGUUUUGAAAGGCACGUACAACCAAAGACUGGAGACACUAAAGACGUUCCUGAUCAAAAUUGAGGAGUCUGUCGAAGAUCAAAAAGUGCGCGACGAAGCAGUGGCGCAAGGGCCCAAACCAGUGGGUGGAAAAAUGUUCAUUGGACCAAAAGGUAUCGAGAGGAUAGAGCAUGUCUACAGUGACGUCGACGAUGCAUCCUCGAAAAUCGAGAAGGGCAAACUACGGGCGGAGGACGAGCAGUCCAGCUCGCCUGUCGAUGCGAUCCCACCCUCCACAUUAACCGGUGAUCUUACUACGUCCCAUAAGCCCGCCCUACACUUGCUCUCGGAGGAUGUGCUCAGUCUCAUCCCUGCCCUGGAAGACCUCCUACUUGAUCCGCUCCGCCGUCGCAUCGAGUCUGAGGUCGUCGAUACGGAUACCAACAGGCACCUCCUCGACUUCCUGCCUGAAGAAGAACGGGAAAAUGAGCUAGAGACGCCUUUCCUAUGGCUAGACAGGAUUGUCAGCGGUGAGGGCGGAAUUGGAGGUGGAAGGCCUGGUCCAAAUGAAAUCGGUGAUGCGGUACAUGCCAGUCAAGGAGUCGACCAUACAGCGAACGACACGGACAUGCUAAGCCUUCUGCUCAAUGGUGUUAUGAGCGGCCACCAGACUGGCGCUGCGAGCCCAGCACAACAACCCCUUGCUCAUGCUCCACCACCACAACAGCAGCAGGGUCCGCCGCCAGGGUAUACAGCAGCAGGUCGAUUGGCGUCUCAGGGGAUGUUCAGCGAGUUUCGGCGGAGUGUUCUGGUUACCGUGGACCGCCACGACUGA